AGUGCAUUUGCUUUGCCUUGAAUUUUUUCUUAUCUUUUCGGUUGAUUAAAAACAGUUUAGUUAAAUACACCCACUCAUACACUCAUACACUCUACAGGAAGAAAGAAUGGAAUCUCUAGAAUGAGUAAAGUAUGGAACGUAGAAUGGUUUCUUCCAACAUCAACAAAAUAUUAUAGUAACAAAUGGACAAAAAGUACCCUAACGGUUCACAGAAUUCGACAAAAACUGAGUUUAGAAACAGUCGACAACACUCCCUUUGUUACAUAUUUUCAAUUCACAAACUUGGCUGUAGUUUAUACGCAUCCCUUAGCACGUGAUUUUACACUUGUUCUCAAGUCCAACAGCCAGGUGGCAAAAAUAGCUGUUUACAGUGAACAAGAUGGAAUGGAUUUGAUCAACAUUUUAAACAAAUCAGGAGUCAAUUUAGUUGUUAAUUCGUCUUUUCUAUCAUCUCCCUCCUCCCUUGCUUCUCCUUCCCCUUUCCUUCCCUCACCCUCCUCCUCCUCUUCUCUUCUCUCACCUACUUCACCUUCUUCUAUUCUUUCACCCUUCCUGGAGUUUAUCAAACCAGGAAUUUUUACAACAAAAACUAAAAAAUCGUUCGUUUGAAACUUUUUUAUUUUAAAAUGUGUCAGCA